GAUGCGAAGUUAGUCCUGACGUGUCAGUUUCCCAGGGUAAAUAUCAGAUCAAAUUGUUGGUACCCACUGCCGAGGGAAUGACUGAAUUUGUGCUUAAAUGUGAUACGGAGCUUCAAUAUGCUAAGUGGAUGGCCGCAUGUCGCUUAGCAUCUCGUGGAAAGUCAAUGGCUGAUUCAUCUUAUCCACAGGAGGUUGAGAGCAUCAAAAACCUUUUACAUAUGCAGAGUACCACCAAUGGCCGUAACGAAAACACCACGACGCGCCGAGCUGCACCAGUCAAACUUCCAAACGAUUUUAAUGUAGACGAGUACGUUUCGCAAAGAUAUGUACGGAAAGCCAGAAGUAAACAGGCGGUUAGUGUUUUUAUUUUGCUUCGUUACCUCUUCAUCCCGGAUAGAUACAUAAUACAGCUUCAACAACGUGUCGCGGAUGCACAUGCGAAUGUUCGGCAGCUAACAUCUACGGAAGCGAAGCUGCAAUACAUAAGGGCAUGGCAAGCACUUCCUGAACAUGGAAUGCAUUACUUCAUAGUACGCUUCAGAAACGGCCGGAAAGCAGAUUUGAUUGGUAAGUUACCGUGAGU